AUGCUAACUGUUCAGUUUCUCAUUACAACUGCUUAUGGAGCAGCUUCGUUUUAUCUUUACACAUUGAUUGUAUACAUGAUGAUCAAGAGAUGGAGUGAAUACAACACUACAUUCUUCAAGCUUUUCAUUAUAGAAUAUUGCUUCAAUGUUGUGACUUUUCUCAACUCUUUCAUCACACUUCGUGCUCCUCAGAAUACUUGCAAGGAUUGUAUAUUUUCGUUCCUUUUUGAUCGUAAUUCAUCUCCAAAUGAAGAUAAUUCCCCUCUUCAAUACUUUUUCACUCUCCACUACGCAAUGGCAUACAUACAGUAUUCCAUGACUUUUCUAGUUGCUCUGAAUCGUCUAUCAAUGGUCCUAUUAGUCAAUUCUUAUGAAAAGUUUUGGCGCCCUGCUCUUCCCGUAUUUAUAUGUCUUGUGAUUGCCUAUCCAUUCUUAGUGACACUACCGAUUUCAUCCAACAAUGCCUACUAUAUCUAUGUUCCAGGAUUACUAGCCUAUACUACAAAGUCUGUAACAGAUGUCACUGAAGUUCUGAGCAAUCUCAAAAAUUUUAUGAUCGGGAUCACAGUUCUCACGACUAUUGCCAACAUUCUAGCCCUAAUCCGCCUAAAAUGUCUCCAUUCUCGUAUCAGUGGGGCAGAGAGAAACUUGUUCACUGUCAGCUUUGUCUCUCUAAUUAUACAACUUCUAGCACUAGCGGAUACGUUAGUUCUUUUUCUCUCUUCUGCUGACACAACGUCUGUCGGAACCCAGACAGCCAAAGUGCUAAUGCCAUUCGUCAGCGAUUUAUUGACUUUGAAUCAUCCUUGGACAUUGAUGUACUUUAGUACAAAGGUUCGAGUUUCAAUGGCGAACGAUCAUUUUCCAAGCAUGAGAAAUCGAGUUAAAGAUGCAAAUACUCCAAGUUCUGUUUAUUAA